CACUGGAAGAAGGACAAGGCAGGAGGAGCCAGGCCCUCCACAUUCACAGCUUACCUCGCAACACUGCUAAGUAUUACCCAUCUUUUAGAGAAAAGUUAAAGUAUGCAGUAGGGGCAGAAAGUGGAUAGGGGAGAUUCUGGAAAGUUCCAAAGAGGUUUUAGUGCUCACAAGGUGCAGCCAUUAUUUAGGGCUUCCCUGCUGGGGUGCUGGGGCGGAUGCUGAUCUGUGGGGUUCAGGGCUGUGCUCAGUGCUGAGGAGAGAUGUUUUUAAAUGUCUACCCCUAAAACCACUCUCCCUGCAUGCAAAAGCACCCAGCGGUGGUAUCCUCCAGGACAGCAAAUCCAGUUAUUUAUCUCUAUAUUCCACUAUAUAUUUAUGAAGUAAUGAAUUGCCCAUUAAACUAAGUUUGGGUGUCUGUCUCGCCACAGCCACCCCCUCGGCCACACUCUCAACGGGGAAGGCCGCUGACGUGGGCUGCAGCCUUCCAGCCUCAAUUCCCCUCCCUCUGCCACCUCCCCUUCAUCCCUCCCUCUCCCGCCCCUCCCACGGUUAUUUGGGAGAUUAGAGUUCAUUAAUUAAAUCCUGCGCUUAGAUCGAACUGUAACAUUAUUCCAAUCACAUUUAUCUUGCAGGCGGCAGAGGAGAUGGCAGCCUCGCUGGAAACGCGCGGGGGAGCUUGAGCCGGCGGCCGGAGACGCACCGUGCGCCGCUCCAUCGCCACGCCGCCGCGCCCAGACCCUCCAUCUUCCUGCUCAGCCUCCUGGCCCCGGCUCGCCCCUGCCUUGGGGGCCUGGCUUCUCUCUGGGGCUCCUGCUUGCCUCUACCCUCUGGCCCUCCGCGGCUCCCUUGCCCGGUCCCCCUCCCUCGGCACACACGCUGACACGCGCACGCGAACACACACACACUCACACACACUGAUACGCCAGCGAGCUGCUGGCCGCUCAAUGGACCGAUUUCCCCUCUUUUCUUGAUCCCAACCCAGCCCGGGAUGAGAAAUUGCAAAAUGGCCCGGGUUGCCAGCGUGCUGGGGCUGGUCAUGCUCAGCGUCGCCCUGCUGAUUUUAUCGCUCAUCAGCUACGUGUCCCUGAAAAAGGAGAACAUCUUCACCACUCCCAAGUACGCCAACCCGGGGGCGCCCCGAAUGUACAUGUUCCACGCAGGAUUCCGGUCACAAUUUGCGCUGAAGUUUCUAGAUCCGUCAUUUGUGCCCUUUCCGCAUUCUCUGACUCACGAACUCCAAGACAGACCUAAGUGGACAUUUAAUCGGACAGCGUUUUUACAUCAAAGGCAAGAAAUUCUUCAGCAUGUCGAUGUAAUAAAAAAUUUUUCUUUGACCAAGAAUAGUGUUCGGAUUGGACAACUGAUGCACUAUGAUUAUUCCAGCCAUAAAUAUGUUUUCUCUAUUAGCAAUAAUUUCCGAUCACUGCUUCCAGACGUGUCACCCAUUGUGAAUAAGCAUUAUAAUAUUUGUGCUGUGGUUGGAAAUAGUGGGAUCCUGACAGGGAGCCGGUGUGGACAACAAAUAGAUAAAUCAGAUUUUGUUUUCCGUUGCAAUUUCGCCCCUACGGAAGCUUUCCAAAGAGAUGUUGGAAGGAAAACCAACCUUACCACCUUCAACCCCAGCAUCCUGGAAAAAUAUUACAACAAUCUUUUGACCAUUCAGGACCGUAACAACUUUUUUCUCAGUUUAAAAAAGCUCGAUGGGGCCAUUCUUUGGAUCCCUGCAUUUUUCUUCCAUACCUCAGCAACUGUUACCAGGACAUUAGUUGACUUUUUUGUUGAACACAGAGGUCAGUUAAAGGUCCAGUUGGCUUGGCCUGGAAAUAUAAUGCAACAUGUCAACAGGUACUGGAAAAACAAACAUUUGUCACCCAAACGGCUGAGCACAGGUAUUCUUAUGUACACCCUUGCAUCAGCAAUAUGUGAAGAGAUCCACUUGUAUGGAUUUUGGCCUUUUGGAUUUGAUCCCAACACAAGGGAAGAUCUUCCAUACCAUUACUAUGACAAAAAAGGAACCAAAUUUACCACCAAGUGGCAGGAGUCCCACCAGCUGCCUGCUGAGUUUCAGCUGCUAUACCGAAUGCACGGGGAAGGGCUCACCAAGCUGACUGUGUCGCGCUGUGCCUAAAAAUUCCGAACAGAAAGUGCCAAAUGGCUGAUUUAAAAGUGCCCCAAGUCACACUGAAUAGUCAGAAUAGAACCCUAGAGAAUUUCUUAUAAGGACUGUCUGCCAUUUAAGAAAGGUGUCUUCUCUCCCUUUUUUGCACUGCUCUUUGAAGGGUCUCAGCAGGACAGACGCUUUGAAGCCACACGAUUUUAAACUUGACUGAUAAAGGGAACGUUGCAUUUGGAACUAUGCUGAUAAUGAAAUGGUCUAAAGUAUUUUCAUGUUUGUAUUUUAAUAAUAAACUGCCUCCCAUUUUUUCAUGAGGAUUAGAGCUGUAGUUUCUGCAGCUUUACUCAGACACAGUCCUCGUAAUCCAAGGCCUCUGGCCACUUUGGGUAGGGUUUCAGUUUUGCCUGGGUGGGAUCAGACUCUUCAAAGUGAAAAUAUAAAAAACUGGUUUGCAUAUAUCAUAUCUCUCUCUCUCUCUCUCUCUCUCUCUCUCUCCUUACCAUUCAUUCCC